ACCAUCUAUAAGAUAAGACAGACUCCAAAGAAAGAAACCAUUCAUGAACCAAAACAAGUAUGGCUAAUACACUUGCAAAGCUAAUAUUCAUCCCUGCCCCUGGGGUUGGUCAUAUCAUGUCAACCGUCGAGAUCGCAAAACUACUCGUGAAUCGCGAUCAACGUCUCGCGAUAACCGUCCUUGUCAUCAAGCCUCCCAGCUCGAGUUCUGGCUCAGCUAUUGACACCUACAUCGAAUCAUUAGCUAAAAGCACCAUGAACCGGAUAUCCUUCAUUCAACUCCCUCAAGAUGAAACCCCAUUAGUUGACCCCAAAUCUCCCAUGUCUACAUUCAGUGAAUUCAUCCCUAGUCACUGCAAAUAUGUUAGAAAUGUUGUGGCUGACAUGAUAAGUCAACCGGGUUCGGGUCGGAUAGCAGGGUUUGUCAUUGACAUGUUUUGCACUUGUAUGGUAGAUGUGGCUAAUGAGUUCAAUGUUCCAACCUACUUGUUCUUCACUUCUAAUGCUACUUUUCUUGGAUUUAAAUUUUAUAUCCAGACACUUAGUGAUGAUAUGAACAAAGAUGUUAUUGAGCUCGGAAACUCGGAUACCGAGAUUUCGGUUCCAAGUUUUGUGAAACCGUUGCCGACCAACGCCUUUUGGUGUCUUGUCCACACUAGAGAAGGACUAGAUUUUGUUUUGAGGUCGGUUCGGAAACUUAGAGAGGUUAAAGCAAUCAUGGUUAAUACGUUCUUGGAAUUGGAAACACACGCGAUGGAGUCGUUGUCUGCUGACGUCAGCAUCCCGCCGGUGUAUCCGGUGGGACCUAUACUCAACCUAGAAGGUGGUUCUAGAGGCGGAAAAUCGUUUGACCAUGACAUCAUUAGGUGGUUGGAUGGUCAACCGCCUUCCUCGGUUGUGUUUUUGUGUUUUGGGAGUAUGGGAAGUUUUGAUGAGGCCCAAGUGAAGGAGAUAGCUCGUGGAUUAGAGCAGAGUGGCCACCGGUUCUUGUGGUCCCUACGCCGACCUCCGUCGGAUCAAACAUCAAGGGUCCCAGGAGAGUAUGAGGAUCCGAGUGUGGUGUUGCCGGAAGGGUUUAUGGAGCGAACACGUGGAAUAGGGAAAGUGAUCGGGUGGGCACCGCAAGUGGCGGUGUUGGCUCAUCAUGCAGUGGGAGGGUUCGUCUCCCACUGCGGAUGGAACUCAUUGUUGGAGAGUUUAUGGUUUGGUGUACCGUUAGCAACAUGGCCGUUGUACGCUGAGCAACAGAUGAAUGCGUUUCAAAUGGUGGUGGAGUUGGGAUUGGCGGUGAAGAUAAAGUUGGAUUAUAGGAAGGAUGCCUAUACUCCUAAGGUUAAUACAGUCAUUGUGACAGCUAAGGAGAUAGAAAGUGGGAUAAGACGAUUGAUGGAGGAUAACGAGGUUAGAACAAAAGUGAAAGAGAUCAGUGCGAAGAGUAGAUCUACGGUGGUGGAGGGUGGUUCAUCAUAUGCGUCUCUUGGUUGUCUUAUUGAAGAUUUUGUAAGAAACGUUUCUUGAAUUGAACUUAUUAAAGUUGAAGUCUUGUUUUCAAUUGAUGUUGUAAGAAGGUGAACCACAAAUGUAGGCUUUGUGUUGAUAGGUGGUCCAUGUGUCGUCUUUUUUUUAAUUAUUGUAGACGUGAUUGAUAUCCAUCUUGUUUGUCGUCUUUACUUCAUUCUACAUAGCCACGUUUCGACUUUAUACAUAAGUUUAUAUCUGCCUUAUGUC